UACGCGGCACGCAAGACCAAGGCUGCGCCAGGGCGACCGCAUCUCGCCAACCCCUUGGCGGAGUGGCGGAGCAUGCAGUCGGCCACGGCGGCGCGCGUCCAGGCGCCGGCGCGCGGCGGCGCGGACUCGGCCCAAGAGAUGCGAGGCCGCGCCGCCAUCCUUGCCAUGACCCAGGAGGCUGGCCUGGACAGCGUCCAGAGGCUAUCCCGCGAGGUCGAGUUCUUUGGCAGGCGCCGCGAGGAGGCCAAGGUCACCUGCUGGAGGCAGCUCCUAGGGCAGCUCGAACACUCGGACGAGGAGGGCAUGGAGGCCAUCUGCGCUGCAACAGCCCGAUGGGCGAGUCGCGCGGCUUGUAGGGCGCAGGCGCAGGCUGGACGGCAGUGUACCAAGUGGGUUGCCACCACGUGGGAGACGGCUCAGGGGCCCGUGCGCAAGCACAUCAAAGGGGCCUUGCGGAUCAUCUCGGCCAAGAAAGCAACGGGUGUGGACGCCCUCCGCAGCCCUGACAUCUCUCGCCUCCCUGACGAGGCCAUCCAGGAGCUGACAGACGUGAUUAACCAGAUCGAGACCGCCCUAGCGUGGCCGAGGCAGGUGCUCACCACCAUCCUGGCCCUGCUGCCGAAGUCGCGAGGUGGCGGCCGCACCAUAGGCAUCCUGUCGCUGCUGAUCAAGUGCUGGUCCAAGUCCAGGGCGAUCAGGGGCAGCAGCGAGCUAAUUGCCGCCCUGUGCCGCUCCCUCUUGGACGAGAGCACCGCGGCCAUGAAUUUCUGCGCCACCGAGGCCCUUCUCGAUCUGGAGACGCUCCUCGACAGCAUCGACCUCAUCCUGCUGCUAGAGGUGGCAGAGAAAGAGGCCUUCCCCGCCACGGCCAUCUCGCUGGAAGCCCAGGUGGGCCCCAGCACGCGCGUGGGCGACACGGCGUUCCGCGCGGAGGGGAGCCAGCAGAUGACCAUCGAUAGCGUGGGAGGCGCGCUCAGGAUCUUUGCGGAGCAAUGCACGCAGGCGGAGCUGAUCCCGUCGGGCAAGUCCGCCGUCGCGUCCUCGCGCAAUAGAGAGGCCGAGCAGGCCAGGAAGCGGGCCAAGAACGAGGCGAAGAGGGUCGGGGGCACCUUUCGGCUGCGCAGGCGUGCGAGCAUGGGCACGCACGCGCAGAAGCUGCACCGCGCGGGUGCCUUGCACGCCCUGAUAUACGGGCACCAGGUCCUCGGCUUGGCGCCGCACCUCAUGUUGCGCCUGCGCAGGCAGGCCAGCAGAGCCAUCGCUGGCAGAGGCUUCGGACGAUGCCUGACCACAACCCUGGCGCUGCUGAUGGGCAGCGGCGACCCUGCGCUGGCGCUGCCAAGUCAGCCGGCGGCGGAGUGGCUGCAGUUCUGGAGGUGGGCCAAGGUGAAGGGGGCCAUCUCGGCGGUCAUCUGCACGCUGAUGGCGGCAGGAUGGGAAGUGCCCACGGCAGUCGAAUGGCAGUUUGACGCUGACGAGCUGUGGAGGAUGAGCGAAGGACCCGACGAGGUCGAUGACACCGAGCUGCUGGAAGAAGUGGCGGCCAGCAUCAAGCGCACGUGGUGGCGCAACGUGGCGCCGCAAGACGUGGGGAAGGGGCUCCAGGCGGGCCCUGACCUCCACGGGGCAAAGAGGCAGCUGGCCCGAUUGCAGCGGGACGGCGACCACAGCACCUGGGCAUUGCAGCUGCAGGUCACGACGAGCGCAUCCUGGACGAGGGAGCGGCAGCAAGAGCGAG